AUGCAGAGACGAAGCGUUUUUGUUGUGCUCGCUCUAUGCAAUUUGACCUUUGGAUACCAUGUUCAAAGUCCUAUUUAUAAUAAGCUAUGUGGGCGAACGGGCGGAUCAAUAAAUUGUUAUCAAGACAACACUUGGGGCUUCGAUGAGAGAACUCGCAAAUGUUAUCGUGUACAUCAGGGUAAAGAGCCAUGUGGUUUUUUCGAUGGCGAAAAAGGUUGCAAGGACUUCUGCAGAGCACACAGCGAAGUUCCGCCUGUGAGCAAGAGGGAUAAUCGGCGACCAAAAAGAAAUAUCGGAUGAAUACAUUAUAAUGUUUUCAAAUGGGCCUUCUUUGUAUUUUGUUUAUAUAACAAACCCAAAUAAAACCAUUGCAGCUUGCAGAAGAA